AUGAAGACCAUCGUUCUUUUCGCUUGCUUAGCCUGCCUUUUGGCUGUGAGCUCUGCUCAAACUUUCCGCAAAUUCUCGAGAUUCGAGAACACCAACGCCGGACAAUACAGACCAUCCAACGAUGGCCAAUACCGCCCUGACAACUCUGGACAGUACAAAAACAACGAUGGACAAUACCAUCCAGAUGCCUCCGGACAAUACGUUCACCAAGACAGCAAGUACAACCAUCAAGAUGAUAAAUACAAGCACCAAAACAACAACUACCAAGAUACAUUCGGUAAUGGACAACACGGAGGAAACCAAGGACAAUCUGGUAACCAAGGAGGACACUUUGUUAACGGUGGACACGGUAACGCCAUCCACGGAUCCGCCGCUGGUAAAUAUGAGAACAGAAACUACGCCAUCAUCCGUGACAACAAGAAAGUCGAUGUAGAUGGUUACCAUUACUUGUACGAAACCGAAAAUGGUAUCCUCGCCGAAGAACAAGGCAAAUUGGCCAAUGUUGGAACCGAUGCUGAAGGUAUGCGCGCCCAUGGAUUCUACACCUACACCGGCCCAGAUGCUGUAGUUUACACUGUCAAAUACACCGCUGAUGAGAACGGUUUCCUCCCAGAAGCCCAACAUUUGCCAACUCCUCCACCAGUCCCAGAACUCAUCGUCAGGGCUUUGGAAUACCAAAGGGCCCAUGGCACUUUGUAAA